AUGAGCAAGGCCCCGCCGCCCGGGAAGAUGCCCAGUGACCCCGAGGAGGCCGGGCCCGGGGACGGGUCCGCGGACCGCCGCGGGAAGCUGGACGCUCUGCUCCGGGACCCGCGCUCGCCCAUCAACGUGGACAGUCUGCUGGAUGGCUUAAAUUCCUUGGUCCUUGAUUUGGAUUUUCCAGCCUUGAGAAAAAAUAAGAAUAUAGAUAAUUUCUUAAAUAGAUACGAGAAAGUUGUGAAAAAAGUCCGAGGCCUGCAGAUGAAGGCAGAAGACUAUGAUGUUGUGAAAGUCAUCGGGAGAGGAGCUUUUGGUGAAGUGCAGUUGGUCCGUCAUAAGUCAUCACAGAAUGUGUAUGCUAUGAAGCUGCUUAGUAAGUUUGAAAUGAUCAAAAGAUCAGAUGCUGCAUUUUUCUGGGAAGAAAGAGACAUUAUGGCCUUUGCCAAUAGUCCCUGGGUGGUUGAGCUCUUCUGUGCCUUCCAGGAUGACAGGUAUCUGUACAUGGUCAUGGAAUACAUGCCUGGUGGGGACCUUGUAAACCUGAUGAGCAACUACGAUGUGCCCGAGAAGUGGGCCAAGUUCUAUACUGCGGAAGUAGUUCUGGCUCUAGAUGUGAUUCACUCCAUGGGCUUGAUCCACAGGGAUGUAAAGCCCGAUAACAUGCUGUUGGACAGGCAUGGGCACCUGAAGCUGGCAGACUUUGGCACCUGCAUGAAGAUGGAUGAGACAGGUAUGGUGCACUGUGAUACAGCAGUUGGAACUCCGGACUACAUAUCGCCCGAGGUUCUAAAAUCACAAGGGGGCGAUGGUUAUUAUGGGCGAGAGUGUGACUGGUGGUCUGUAGGGGUUUUCCUUUUUGAAAUGCUAGUGGGAGAUACUCCGUUUUAUGCAGAUUCACUUGUAGGGACUUACAGCAAAAUUAUGGAUCAUAAAAAUUCAUUAUCUAUCCCUGAAGACGCAGAAAUUUCUAAACAUGCAAAGAAUCUCAUCUGUGCCUUCUUAACAGAAAGGGAGGUACGCCUUGGGAGAAAUGGGGUAGAAGAAAUCAAACAGCACCCUUUCUUUAAGAAUGAUCAAUGGAAUUGGGAUAACAUAAGAGAGACGGCAGCUCCUGUGGUGCCUGAGCUCAGCAGUGACAUAGACAGCAGCAACUUUGAUGACAUUGAAGAUGACAAAGGAGAUGUUGAAACUUUUCCAAUUCCUAAAGCUUUUGUGGGAAAUCAGCUGCCCUUUAUAGGAUUUACCUACUAUAGAGACAAUUUGUUGUUAAACAACUCUCCACCUUGCAGAGAAAGUGACCCAGUACAGUCAAGGAAAAAUGAAGAAAGUCAAGAGAUUCAGAAAAAAAUAUAUACCUUAGAAGAACACCUUAACAAUGAGCUACAAGCCAAAGAGGAACUAGAGCAAAAGUGCAAAUCUAUUAAUACUCGCCUAGAGAAAACAGCAAAGGAGCUCGAAGAAGAGAUUACCUUGAGAAAAAACGUAGAGUCAGCAUUAAGACAGUUGGAAAGAGAGAAGGCGCUGCUCCAGCACAAAAACGCUGAACAUCAGAGGAGAGCUGACCAUGAAGCAGACAAGAAACGGAACUUGGAAAAUGAUGUUAACAGCUUAAAAGAUCAACUUGAAGAUUUAAAGAAAAGAAAUCAGAACUCUCAAAUAUCUACAGAGAAGGUGAACCAGCUACAGAGACAGCUGGAUGAAACGAAUGCUUUGCUGCGAACAGAAUCUGAUACUGCAGCCCGGUUGAGAAAGACUCAAGCAGAAAGUUGCAAACAGAUUCAGCAGCUGGAAUCCAACAACAGAGACCUACAAGAUAAAAACUGCUUGCUAGAGACUGCCAGGUUAAAACUGGAAAAGGAAUUUAUCAAUCUUCAGUCUGCUCUAGAGUCAGAGAGGAGAGACCGGACCCAUGGAUCAGAGAUCAUUAAUGAUUUACAAGGUAGGCUGUCUGGCCUAGAAGAAGAUUUAAAGACUGGCAAAAUCUUACUAGCAAAAGUUGAACUGGAGAAGAGACAACUUCAAGAGAAGCUUACUGAUUUGGAAAAGGAAAAGAGCAACAUGGAAAUAGAUAUGACAUACCAGCUCAAAGUCAUCCAGCAGAGUUUCGAGCAGGAGGAGGCUGAGCACAAAGCCACAAAAGCACGGCUUGCAGACAAAAAUAAGAUCUAUGAAUCCAUUGAAGAAGCUAAAUCAGAAGCCAUGAAAGAAAUGGAGAAGAAGCUGUUGGAAGAAAGGGCUAUAAAGCAGAAAGUGGAGAACCUGCUGCUGGAGUCAGAGAAGAGGUGCUCCAUGCUGGACUGUGACCUGAAGCAGUCACAGCAGAAGCUGAGUGAGCUCCUCACACAGAAGGAGGUGCUCAGCGAGGAUGUGAGAAACUUGACACUGAAGAUUGAGCAGGAAACUCAGAAGCGCUGCCUAACUCAGAAUGAUCUGAAGCUGCAGACGCAGCAGGUGAACACGCUCAGGAUGUCGGAGAAGCAGCUGAAGCAGGAGAACAACCACCUGGUGGAGAUGAGACUGAGCCUGGAGAAGCAGAAUGCCGAACUUCGAAAAGAGCGGCAGGACGCAGAUGGUCAGAUGAAGGAGCUGCAGGAUCAGCUCGAAGCAGAGCAGUAUUUCUCUACCCUCUACAAAACCCAAGUUAGGGAACUUAAGGAAGAAUGUGAAGAAAAGACCAAGCUUUGUAAAGAGUUACAGCAGAAAAAACAGGAGUUCCAGGAUGAAAGGGACUCCUUGGCUGCCCAGCUGGAGAUUACCUUGACCAAGGCAGACUCUGAGCAACUGGCUCGCUCCAUUGCUGAAGAACAGUAUUCUGAUCUGGAAAAGGAGAAAAUCAUGAAAGAGCUGGAGAUCAAAGAGAUGAUGGCCAGACAUAAACAGGAGCUUGCUGAAAAGGAUGCCACCAUUGCAUCACUUGAAGAAACAAACAGGACACUUACCAGUGAUGUUGCCAAUCUUGCCAACGAAAAAGAAGAAUUAAAUAACAAACUGAAAGACACUCAAGAGCAACUGUCAAGGUUGAAAGAUGAGGAAAUAAGUGCUGCAGCUAUUAAAGCACAAUUUGAAAAGCAGCUGCUGACAGAGAGAACACUCAAGACUCAAGCUGUAAAUAAGUUGGCUGAGAUCAUGAAUCGAAAAGAGCCUAUCAAGCGUGGCAGUGACACUGAUGUGCGAAGAAAAGAAAAGGAGAAUAGAAAGCUGCACAUGGAGCUUAAGUCUGAGCGUGAAAAAUUGACCCAGCAGAUGAUCAAGUACCAGAAGGAACUGAAUGAAAUGCAGGCACAAAUAGCUGAGGAGAGCCAGAUUCGAAUUGAAUUGCAGAUGACACUAGACAGCAAGGAUAGCGACAUUGAGCAGCUGCGGUCACAGCUGCAGGCCCUCCACAUUGGCCUAGACAGUUCCAGUAUUGGCAGCGGCCCAGGGGACACAGACGCCGAGGACGGGUUUCCAGUUUGCAUCACUCAGUCCCACACUGUGGAGUCUGUGUCCUUCUCCUUCCGGCGCUCUUCCACGUCUCUCAGCAUGGCCACUGGGCCUUCUGGGUCCCACGGGCUCCUUGAUGUGGACUCAGACUCAGACUUGGACUCAGACUCAGAAGAGCCUUUGCCUUACUGUCCUGUUUCCUCAGAGCCCAGUGGUACAGAGUCAAGACUAGAAGGAUGGCUUUCGUUACCUGUGCGAAACAACACUAAGAAAUUUGGAUGGGUUAAGAAGUAUGUGAUUGUAAGCAGUAAGAAGAUUCUUUUCUAUGACAGUGAACAAGAUAAAGAACAAUCUAACCCUUACAUGGUUUUAGAUAUAGACAAAUUAUUUCAUGUCCGACCAGUUACACAGACAGAUGUCUAUAGAGCAGAUGCUAAAGAAAUUCCAAGGAUAUUCCAGAUCCUGUAUGCCAAUGAAGGAGAAAGCAAGAAGGAACAAGAGUUUCCGGUGGAACCAGUUGGAGAAAAAUCAAAUUACAUCUGCCACAAAGGACAUGAGUUCAUCCCCACCCUGUACCAUUUCCCGACCAACUGCGAGGCCUGCAUGAAGCCGCUGUGGCACAUGUUCAAGCCCCCUCCUGCUCUGGAGUGCCGCCGCUGCCACAUCAAAUGUCAUAAAGACCACUUGGACAGGAAGGAGGAGAUCAUUGCGCCCUGCAAAGUAUACUAUGACAUCUCCACGGCCAAGAACCUGCUGCUCCUGGCCAACUCCACAGAGGAGCAGCAGAAGUGGGUGAGCCGCCUGGUGAAGAAGAUCCCCAAGAAGCCCCCGGCUCCUGACCCCUUUGCGCGCUCCUCACCCCGCACCUCCAUGAAGAUCCCACAGAACCAGUCCCUGCGGAGGCCCAGCCGGCAGCUUGCCCCCAACAAGCCCAGAUUGCUUGACUUGGCAUUGAAGGACUGGGAUUGGUCCUUUGAUGAUAUUGAUGGUGAUGAUGAUGGUGACGAUGUUUUUGAUUUCUGAAGAAGGAGAUGGGCUAAUUGCCUUCAACAAAAGCAAUCAUCCAAGGCAACUGUGUUCUUCCAGGUAAAACAAGACUGCAAUGUGAUGGCCUGGAACUUAGUAGAAAGCUGUAUUUUCCUGAAGGACACACACACAC